AUGUCGGAAUGGGGUGAUAACAUCAUUAGGAAUAAGCAAAGUCUUGUGCUUUGGGGUUCAGUGACAGUAAUCGCAAUCAUUAGAUAUGCGUAUGACUCAAGAUGUGGUGGACGACGACAAGUUGAAGUACCUUUAAACCCAGAGGAAGCAGAAGCGCAAAGUCGCAACAAAGCUGCAGAAGAAAGUUUAAUCAAUCUUUUGGUUGAAACAUUAGAGGUUUUCGAAGCACCAAUAAAGGCAAAGAACGGAGAAAUCGCAGAACAAGAAGCCCCAGUGGGCGAUAUAGAAGAAGGGGAGGACUCAAAUGGCGACUCUAAUGAAAAAGAGGUUCAGACAUUCUCUAACGGAUGUGCAAUUUGCUUGGAAGAAUUUGAAGAGGGCGACAGGAUUGUUCACUCCGUGACAACGAAAGGAUGCCCACACAUAUUCCAUGAAGAAUGUUUGAAAGAAGUAAUUGCGGCUUCAGCAAGCAAGGGGAUAUAUAGCGUCCCCUGCCCCUGCUGUAGACAAACGUUUGUAGAGACUGGUUCCUCUCCUGAAGUCUCGGCAUAG